GCGAGGAAGCGGCUGUUUACAAACAACUCGCUCUACAUUGACCCUGCUUAUUCUUUGAUAGGAGAAAAAACAGGAUGGAAAUUGAAAAUUCUCAACCGUAUUACUUUGGAGAUAUCGGCUGCUGGGCUGAAAGAACAGAGGUGCACAAGGCAGCGUCAUUAGGCCAGGCCUCUCAAUUACAACAUCUCAUUAAAAGUGGAGCUUCGGUCAACAUGGUGGCCGUGGACUCCAUCACACCAUUGCAUGAGGCCAGCCUACAUGGCCAAGCCCAGUGUGUACAGCUGCUGCUGGAAGCUGGAGCCCAGGUAGAUGCAAGGAAUGUGGAUGGGAGCACACCACUGUGUGAUGCCUGUUCAGCUGGUAGUCUGGAGUGUGUGAAGCUGUUGCUAGAGCAUGGUGCCAAGGCCAACCCUGCCCUCACCUCCCGCACAGCUUCUCCCCUUCACGAGGCCUGCAUGGGAGGUAACUCGGACUGUGUGAAGCUUUUGAUUGCCAUGGGUGCUUUUCUUGAGGCAUAUGACCUUUACUACGGGACACCACUGCAUGUGGCUUGCGUCAAUCAGCACACAGACUGUGUUAAAGUUCUGCUCAAUGCAGGAGCUAAAGUCAAUGCUACCAGGCUACAUGAGACUCCACUGCACCAUGCAGCUAAAAACAUGCGAGUCGAAAUGAUUGAAAUACUGGUAGAAUUUGGUGCCAACAUCUACGCCAGAGAUCAGCACAACAGGAAACCUGUGGACUACACCACACCAGGUUCUCCAUCUGCAGCCUGCCUACAGUCUUAUGAGACCACCCCUAUGAGUCUGCAGCAGCUCAGCAGGCUGGCAGUGAGGAGGAAGCUGGGCACCACUGCUCUGAAAGCCAUAGCUCAACUGGAUAUGCCGAAACUCAUCAUCAGCUACCUCUGCUAUCAGUGAGUGUCACAGCUACAAGACGAUGACGAUCACCGCUCAGAGAAACAACGGGGAACUCAGAGCACAUGCACAAUACCCACACAAGUUCAGCAAAGCUCCCACAGCAGAGAGAACGUUAUCGUGCCAAACACAGUCUCAUCACAUGAUUUAAAACUGCACUUUUUUUCUCAAGACCUGAAAGUCCAGAGUCACAGUGAAGGCUGUGACUUAACCUCCUGAGACCUGAGCUUUAGCUUGACUUACGUUAGCAAUUUCUUCCAGCUUUUUAAGUUAGGAGAAACCAAUAAAUAGAAAUAUAUGAUUUGUGAUUAUACACAUUUUUAUAAUUAGACAUAUUUUAUUAUAUAUGAUGUAGAUAUAAAUGUCAUUUUAAAUUGAUAAACAGAGUCUCUUCUGGCACCACCAAAUGGCAGUGUUAGUGCUUAACAGGUUCCAGUUCCACAGAAUUUAGUAUUAUGGUGCAGACAACCGAAAAUGUGAUGUCCUCGUACUAGGACGCUAGGACUUAAUAGGUAAAAGUGGGAUACUUGAUGCUCCUUAGGAAUAAUUUAAAUUGAACUAUAGAAGCAUAACAAAUGUCAUAAGUCCAGCUUAAGAAAUACUAUACUGUCAUAAAAACACGAGCAGUUAUUAGUGUAAGAAUGGCCUACUAGCACAACUGGAAUAUAUGUCUGGGGAGUCUAAAUAGCAAUACUCCAGUUUUUUUGUUGUUUGUUUUUAAUAGCACUUACCAUUUUAAAAAGGGAGAAAGACGCAACAUUUAGUUAAAAUAUACCCUGGCAAAUUUGCUUUUAAGGAAACUAAAAAUAUGUCUACAUUUAUAGUUACUAUCUCUAAGCUCUAACAAAUUUACAUUUUCUUUUUUAAAACGUGCAAAGCCAGUUUUAAAGGAUUCUGACUGAGAGUUGCACAUAAACAUAAAAGCUGAAAAUGGAUGCUUAAAGGAAAGAUGUGCCCUAAGGUUUAAUAUAGUGUCUGUAAAGUGGUUUGGUCUAAAUUAGAGCUGGGCUCAGAUCCAGUAUUAAUAUCAUGCCCUCACACAGACAGUUUUCAUAGAUCAGACAUUGGACAUAAGAGUCAAGAGUUCAGUCUGUUGCUGUUACUGAUAGCAAAUAGAUAACUGUUUACAACUUUAAGCUUAAAUUAGCAUUUAAUCUUUUUACAGAAUUAAAUCAUUGGUGACCCAUCAGUUAGCUGCCUUUGUUUUAAUUUUACCGUAGAAACCAAGAAAACUUCUAUGUGAGGCAAACAUCACAGAUGGUGACUUUAACAAACAGAAAAAUCUUGCAGAGGCUGAAAAUAACACAACCUUCGUGUUCUUGGAGAUAAACAUGGAGGUGUGAGCAUCUGCGAUAAGAAUGAUAUCUGAAUUGUCAGCAUAUCUGAACUGCUAAUUGAAAAACACCACUCUGAGGUGGGCCCAAGCUAAGAAACAGGUGUGUGUUGGAGACUUUUAUUUCCAUUACUUGCUAGCUAAAUACAGAAGUAACUUAGUUUUUUGGCUUAUUAUGUCAUAUUUAGUCGAUUAUGGGGUGGGAUUUUAAUUGCUGAGUGUCAAGUUUAACAUAAAAUGAGACAUCGACUGCACACACAGUUUGCAUUCCUGGAAUAACAAAAGAGAAAACAUGUCGGAUGCAGAGGAAUACCAAGCAACAGUGUUUUAAAGUGAAGCUCUCCAGAUUCUGCUUUGCUUCGUCUGAGAUUCUUGUAAUUCACACAGUCUCUGAUUGAUACAGACACUGUACUCGCAAGGAGAUACUGAUCAUGGCUGCCUAUUUAUAGCUUUGUGCCUGUUGCUCCAUAAAGUCUGCUUAUAGGGACUGACCUAGGGAGCUCAGUUACUGUAGGUCUUGAUAUUCUUAGCUACAGGUGCAGAAAGCUGUUUAUGAAUUCCUCAGAUUGCUUUAGAUUUCUAAACUUUAGUGUUUCAAGAGUUGACAUGGCCUGUUUUAUCCAUCGAGGUUGAAUAAGGUCAUACACACACUUUAUGAUCUGACAUCAGUUUAAUAGAUGAUGCUGGAUUACACAUUAAACCACUGUGUGUGUUCUACUUCUGGCUUGAUCUGCCUCUGUGUCUCCCAGACUGACAUGAAGGCAAAUAUUCCUUGGAACUUUCUUAUUCUUUCAGCCUGCUUUUUAUAAACAGCAACACUCACUUAAUAUUUUAAGAGAACUGACAUUUUUAGAGUAAGCAUCUGGUUAUCUGGCAUUACAUCUGUGUUGUUUUUAUAUCACUCUGAUAAAAUAGAAGCAUUAAGCAAGCUACAGUGCUCUUACACUACAUCAGCUUCACUAAUAUUUUUUAGUCCCAUAGCUUAGUAAUUUUUUGAAAGCAGAAGUUUUUAUCCUGGAACAACAAAAAUUCUCACUGUUGUUAAGCUAAAACCACCCAGUUCUCCGCAACUCGUGAUGGGCAAUGUCCCAGGGCUGUUUUAUGCUGUGGCGUACUCGGUAACAUGUUCUGAUGCUUCAGCUCUUUUUUCUAGUCGACAGGUAACUCUACAUUUAUUUGCAAGCAUGUAAGAAGUUCUGUUAGCAAGGUUAGCACUAGCCUAGCUAAGUUCGCUGUUGCCUUGUAAACAAGGAGGUCAGGAAGUUCUCAUGUUAAACCUAUGAGAACUGAUACGGCCAAAAAUACCGUGGUAUUUUUUAUUUUUUAAUUUAGUCCAUACACAAAAAUAAAGCAUCACCAUGAACGACAAUUUCCAAAAUGCUCAGUUUCAUGCUCCAAAACUGCAUUUAUAUGUGGGUGAUAAGAACAAAUAUGUAGAAAAUCUGCAGUAAUCAAACCCUUUGUUCAUAUGUAGAAGUCCUUAUUUUAUACUCAACUAAACAUUUAGUGUCUUAGAUUUACUCCUAUUCUUUGUAAUUUGAAUUUUACUAUGUGGCAUCUUUUAAUUUUUUUGAAUGAUAAAUUCAUCUUCACUCCUUUAAGGUUUUUUAUGAUUGAAUAUCUGAAGGAUAAAAGUGGGAAUGCUGUGUAAAAUAUAGAUAAAAACAAAAUGCUUAAUAUGUAUUUACAUCUAUAUUUAACUGGAACCCAGCAAGAGGACUGUGAAUUCUUUAUUUUAUUUUAUUUUAUUUUUUUAAACUGUUCAUUUUGAAUUUGAAACAACACAUUUUCAAGUGAGACAUAAUAACAAAAAAACCUGAAAAAAGAAAAGAUACUUUUCAUCAAGUCCCCACUAUGAUUGAGAUUCUUGGUUAAACAA